GCCCCUCACGGUGCCCGUCCCGCCAUGGCCUCCGCCGGCGGCCCCGACCCGGAGCGGCCGCACCCGAAGCCCUUCCUCAUCGGCGUCAGCGGCGGCACCGCCAGCGGAAAGUCCACAGUGUGCGAGAAGAUCAUGGAGCUGCUGGGGCAGAACGAGGUGGAGCAGCGGCAGCGGAAGGUGCUGAUCCUGAGCCAGGACAGCUUCUACAAGGUGCUGACGGCCGAGCAGCAGGCCAAGGCGCUCAAGGGGCAGUACAACUUCGACCACCCGGAUGCUUUCGAUAACGAUUUGAUGCAUUCAACCCUGAAAAAUAUUGUCGAGGGCAAAACAGUUGAGGUACCAACGUACGACUUCGUGACACAUUCUCGGCUGGCAGAGACCACGGUGGUCUAUCCUGCUGACGUCGUCCUCUUUGAGGGGAUCCUGGUUUUCUACAAUCAGGACAUUCGGGACAUGUUCCACCUCCGCCUCUUUGUGGACACGGACUCGGAUGUGCGGCUGUCCCGCCGAGUUCUGCGAGAUAUGAAACGUGGGAGGGACCUUGAGCAGAUCCUCACCCAGUACACCACCUUUGUCAAGCCUGCCUUUGAGGAGUUCUGCUUACCGACAAAGAAGUAUGCAGAUGUGAUCAUCCCCCGAGGAGUUGACAACAUGGUUGCUAUAAACCUCAUAGUGCAGCACAUUCAGGACAUCCUGAACGGGGACAUCUGCAAGUGGCAGCGAGGGGCGAUGAACGGGCACGGCCGGACCUACAAGCGCCCGUUCCCGGAGCCCACGGAGAGCAGCAGUGUCCUGGCAGCAGGAAAACGCUCCCACCUGGAGUCCAGCAGCCGUCCACACUAACCUGGGUUUGCCUCUGGUCCAGACCAACACUGAAGACAACUUUGGGAAAGGACUUCGACAGAAUGGUUGGUGAAGUGCCCUUUAAAUCAUCCUGGCAGUGGAGGGGAUCCUGGUGUGAACCUUCUCACAGAGGGGAGAGGAUGGAGUUGGCCAUCGGCCCCUCUCCCCUCCAAACCCCUCCCUUUUCUCCCUAAGAUGUCUGGAAUUAUGUUACUUGAUGAACUGGUUAAAGGCAGUGCUACUUGCCUUUUUUUAAUUUUUAAAAUGAGAUCUACUGCUGAAGACCUCCCUGAAAAUUAAACACUAUCAGGUGAUUAGUAAGAUACCCCAUUUCCCUGAUGAUGGGCUUCCUUACCAGGAAAAUUAUCUGCCUCUUGGGUUUUUUUUCCUCUGUCCCUGUUAAUUUUAACAAACAGGUGCAGCCCUUACUCUUCUCCACCUUGUUGGCACCUUGAGUUCUGGCCUUGCUGUGCUGCUGGCCAGCCUGUGGGGGCAGGGGGUUUGACUUGUAGGGGCAUCUCUGCCCUGAGAUAAGGGUGAGACAGAGACUGUCUGGGAGAAAUGGGAACUUGCAGUUCACCAGGGACAGGCCCAAGAAGUUUAUUGUCUCUUGAUUCCUAAUUUAUUCCUUUCUAAGCUCCCAAGUCUAGCUACACUGUAUGAUUAUUUUUUUGUACCCAAACAGUCACCUUUACCACAGUUACUGAAUGUGUGAGCUCCAGCUGGAUUGAGUUGCUCAUGGAAACAGAAACCUGACCUUGUCAGUAUUAGUGUCUUUUAGUGCAUUUCUGUACUGCUGGUUGCAAAUUCUGCUGGGCAGAAUCUGUCCACUUCCAGAGAUGGCUGGUGAGACCAGCAAGGGGGGAAGCUGGGAAUGGCAGGACCCUCCUUCUGCUGGCACAGGCAGCUGCCUGGACAUGUUGUACCCUCAGACAGGGUCAGAGCGCUUGCCUUGCACUCCAGCAGCUUAAACUCAAGAAUGUCUGGUUUUCUAAAACAAGCAGACAAGAAGUAUAAACAGUGACAUCCCAGUUUCUGUAGUUUACCCCAGAUAAGUGAUUACAGUAAAGUGUCUGGAAAAAGAAAACAUCUGAAAUGAAGUGCUGGUUGGGCCUUUGAAAUUGUCCUUGUGAUACUGUUCUUGAGUCUGGACUUACAGUGUAAUUUUAAGAAUGAGGGUGGGAGGGAAAUGUUAUUAAGAGGAACUUUUUCAUAUUUGCUAGUUUUCUAAAACAGCAUCUGGCUGUGUUGGUUGUGGGUGUCUUACUUUGCCUAAUAAACAAAUGAACGAACAGUGAUCAAAAA